ACAAUUUUUCUGUCUAAUUUAAUGGAUUCUGUAAUGCCACUGAGGACAACCGCCACCGCCACGUCAGCAGCGGCGACGGUAAGACCCCGGUUCUCAUUUCAACCCAAGAAAUCGGCAUUCUCCUUAUCAGUUCCAACUACUAUUUUUACGAGCUAUCGAGCUCGAAAUUUGCCCCAAUGUUCGCCCCUUCCAGCUCAAGAGGAUGGUUCAGCGGUGGUUUCUGAAUCCACCAUUCCUGAAGGAGAUGUUCUCAAAAUUAAGGAGUGGGAAGUAGAAAGACUUCGAGAAGAAAUUGCUGCAACUCAAGGUAUAAAAAUUAGAAGGAGGCCGACAACAGGGCCUCCUUUGCACUAUGUUGGCCCUUUUGAAUUUCGAAUGCAGAAUGAAGGCAAUACUCCAAUUAACAUACUAGAAGAAAUUGUCUGGAACAAGGACAAGGAAGUCACACAGAUGAAAGAGAAGAAACCGCUUCUUCUAUUGAAAAAGUUGCUUAGCAGUGCUCCACCUACUAGAGAUUUUCUGGGAGCUCUGAAAGCAUCAUAUUCAAGAACUGGAUUACCUGCUCUUAUUGCUGAAGUGAAGAAGGCUUCUCCAAGUAGAGGUGUAUUGCGUGAAGAUUUCAAUCCUGUUGAGAUUGCGAAAGCUUAUGAAAGAGGUGGAGCAGCAUGCCUUAGUGUUUUGACAGAUCAGAAAUAUUUUCAGGGAAGCUUCGAAAAUCUAGAGGCCAUAAGGAAUGCUGGAGUAGAGUGCCCUUUGUUAUGUAAAGAAUUUGUUAUAGAGGCUUGGCAACUCUACUAUGCUCGGGUCAAAGGUGCCGAUGCAAUUCUGUUAAUUGCUGCUGUUCUACCAGAUCUUGACAUCAAGUAUAUGAUUAAGAUCUGCAAAUUACUUGGAUUGACAGCACUAGUUGAGGUACAUGAUGAGACGGAAAUGGAUCGUGUCCUUGGAAUUGAUGGGGUUGAGCUGAUUGGCAUCAAUAAUAGAGACCUUGGAACUUUCAAGGUGGACAUUAGCAAUACGAAGAAACUUCUCGAAGGAGAGCGUGGGGAAAGGAUUCGGGAUAAAGGCAUAAUUGUGGUUGGGGAGUCUGCACUAUUUACUCCAGCUGAUAUUGCUUACGUACAAGAAGCUGGUUGCAAAGCGGUGCUAGUUGGCGAGUCGAUUGUUAAAAAGGAGGAUCCUACUAAAGGAAUAAGUGAACUUUUUGGUAAAGACAUCUCACGCUAAGAUGCAGCCAGUUGACUCUGUUACUGUUCCUUUCUGGAGGGUUCCUUUUGAGAUUCUUCACCACAAUUUUGUAAUCUGUCGCCAUUUUGUAUUGUUGGUCACCUGCUUGCUUCAUUGUAAGAUAUAACGUAUAGACAAGUACGGUAUGAAUGGAAAUGCUUAUAUUUGAUGA